CACCAUGUAGGCCUACGCAAGAUGUCCGACUCCUCCCACGCACGAUGUCAGCGUCAUGGUGCAUCCCUGAUCCUAUCCACGGUUCGCUCUGCCGGUUUGGAGAGUGCAGAAGAUGAUAAGGCGCACAGGCCUCCCAUGAUUACUAGCAGCUACUCGACAAGAAGAACAUGCACCGAAGUCCAGCCACUGACCACGCCAUCGGCCGGGUGUAGCAGCGAGAACACAGCCACUCCAUAGACAGAGACUUUUUAAUUUGCGUAGUUAUUUAUUUAUUUUGUAUUUAUUUGUUUCAUUAUAAACGGAGCACACUUCUGUUUGGAGGCCACUGAGAGUGUUUACGUGAGUGGAGAAGUGUGUGUGUGUGUGUGUGUUUGGGGAUGUGUGUGUUUCUAAAGAUGAAGGCUGAGGCUCUCAGCCUCAGCUGGCCUGCUAGACACACACUCUCAGGACGCUCCUGAGACACACACACACACCCGCACUCACAUCCCCUCCCGUGUGCAUACACACACAUAAGCCCAGGUAGUUGAGCUAGUGAGUGUGUGUGUGUGUGUCGGAGAGCCAUGGCGGUGCCGUUCCCCUUUGAUAACCUGGUGUGUAUGCUGCUUGGCAUCUCCUUCACUGUCUGGUUCACACUACUCCUCGUCUUCAUCAUCGUGCCUGCCAUCUUCGGCCUGUCCUUCGGCAUACGACGCCUCUACAUGAAGACACUGCUCAAGGUCUUCGAGUGGGCGACACUGAGGAUUGAGAGGGGGGCCAAGGAGAAGAACCACCUCCUCUACAAGCCCUACACCAAUGGCAUCAUCGCGAAGGAGCCCACAUCCCUGGAGGAGGAGCUCACGGAGCUACGGCGCAGCGGGAGCAGCCGUGAUCUGGAUAGCUCCUCGGCAACCGCCUCCUCCUCCUCCUCCUCCUCCUCCUCCUGCUCCUCGGCCUCCGCAGUGGCCUCCUCGGCCGAGUUCGACAUGUCCGACAUCUUCUCGUUCUGCCGGCGCGGCGUGGAGAGCAUCGUGGACGACGAGGUGACCAAGCGCUUUUCAGCCGAGGAGCUGGAGACCUGGAACCUGCUGACCCGCAGCAACUACAACUUCCAGCACAUCAGCACCCGCCUGACCGUGCUCUGGGGGAUCGGGGUCGUCAUCAGAUAUGGGGUUCUACUCCCACUCAGGGUGACUUUGGCCAUCACAGGAGUCGGUUUACUCGUGGUUAUCACUUCCAUCAUCGGGUUAUUGCCCAGCGGCAGGGCGAAGAGCUUCCUGAGUGAGAAGGUUCACCUGAUGUGUUACCGAAUCUGUGUGAGGGCUCUGACUGCAAUCAUCACCUACCACCACAGUGAGAACAAGCCCAGAAAUGGUGGCAUCUGCGUGGCCAAUCACACGUCUCCCAUUGAUGUCAUCAUCCUUGCCAGCGACGGCUGUUAUGCAAUGGUGGGCCAGAUUCACGGUGGUCUGAUGGGAGUGAUUCAGAGAUCCAUGGUGAAAGCAGCUCCUCACAUCUGGUUUGAGCGCUCUGAAGUCAAAGAUCGACAUCUGGUGGCCAAAAGGUUGAAUGACCAUGUGGAAGACAAAACUAAACUGCCCAUCUUGAUUUUCCCUGAAGGUACCUGCAUCAACAACACGUCAGUCAUGAUGUUCAAGAAGGGCAGCUUUGAGAUCGCCUCCACGGUCUACCCUGUGGCCAUCAAGUAUGACCCUCGUUUUGGCGAUGCCUUCUGGAACAGCAGUAAGUUUGGGAUGGUCAACUACCUGCUCCGGAUGAUGAGCAGCUGGGCUAUUGUCUGCAGUGUCUGGUACCUGCCUCCCAUGACCAGAGAGGAGGGAGAGGAUGCCGUGCAGUUUGCCAACCGCGUGAAGGCUGCCAUCGCUAGACAGGGAGGGCUGGUCGACCUGCUGUGGGAUGGCGGCCUGAAGCGAGGAAAAGUGAAGGACACGUUUAAAGAGGAGCAGCAGAAGCUGUACAGCAAGAUCCUGGUGGGAGCGCAGGAGAACCGCAGCCGCUCCUGAGGAACCAGGAACCCGGAACCCCGACUCUCACGUGUGGACGCAGGGAGAGAUGGACACAGAGAGAGAGAGAGAGGAAGAGGGGAGGAGAGAAAAAGGAAAAGAAAAACGAUUGAAAUCCAUCUCCAUUUUGGGGGAGAAUUCAGAAUGAGGCACAGCACCACCUAGGGGCCGUCUGCGUCACUGCAGCUGACUUUUACAAGAACAGUGUUUCAUGGGCCCCGUCGGUUGUGUUUGUCUGGCAGUAAAGACCACCGACACUCCAGUGUGUGUGUGUGUGUGUGUGUGUGUGUGUGUGUGUGUGCGUGCGCGUGCGCGUGUCACCCACUGACAGCCACUGACUGCUGCAUCAGAGACCUGUAACUGCACCUGUGUAUUAUGUCUGUUACGUUUAUAGCUUUUUAUGACUUCUGUGUGUGGAAGUUUUUUGUUCUUUGAUAAUCUCUUUUUAUCUUGUUUAGCCGGUCUGAUAAUCUUUUCUGUUGUUAUUCUAGUUAAUAAUGUUAAGGGUUUUACAUGUUUGUGUUGCUGGGAGAACAGACAGAUGGCUGUGUGUGUGCUUGUGUGUGGCAGAUAGGAGUGCAGAGUGCCUCUGUUCAAACAGCAGAAUGGAUGGAGACUGAUGCAUCCACAGCACCAUUCCUGGAAUCUGACUCGUUAUCGGGGUAUAGAGGCUCUGCCCGUCCCCGCGGCGGCCACACUGGCUAUUUGCUGACGCUGGGCACAGGGCUGUUUGUUCUGGGCAAUUCACAUGCUGUUUUUUCUCCAAUCAGUCUUUGCUCUUUUUCCUGGAAAGAAAAAAAGACUUUGGAAGACAGUCAAUCACGCAUUAUGUACCUCCAGUGUGAUGUUAUCGGCUCAUCACGGCUACUGUCCCCAUAGCAGCAGUAGCAACACACACAGACACACACACGCACCCACACACACACACGCGGGCACGGCUACUGUCCCCGCAGCAGCAACAUACACACACACACACACACAUGCGGGCACGGCUACUGUCCCCACAGCAGCAGCAACACACACACACACACACGGCGCUACUGUCCCGAUAGCAGCAGCAGCAGCAACACACACACACACACACACACGUACGCGCACACACACACACACGGGCACGGCUACUGUCCCCAUGGCAGCAGGCUCCAUCUAUGCGUCUGCGUCCCAAAGCGACCGGCGGUCAGCAUCUUGGCGGAUGCAAGGCGUGGAGGGUCAGAAGAGCAGGAGGCGUGGAGGGUCAGAAGAGCAGGAGGGGGGGGUCCCACUGUUCCGUGUGUUCCUGCUGACCUGCGUCAGGACUCGCCACUGCUUAGCGUCACGCCGUCGCACACUGACAGUCGCUCGUAACACACAUACACGUACACACACACACACACACACACAUUUCCCAUACAGUUUUACGGCUGCCCUGGCCUGCAGCACAGCGCGACAUGCCGUGUCUGUGUGUGUGCGUGUGUGAGGAAGCAAAAGUGAAUAAACCAGACCUGGCCUGGCCCCCUUCAGGAGCUCCUAAAACUAGACAUGCUGGUUCUGGGUGCAUGCUUAAGCUCCCACUGACAGAGAGGCAAUGAGAGUGUGUGUGUGUGUGUGUGUGUCUAUCUGUACUGUGCAUGCCUGCGCGUGUCUGUUUUUGUGUGUGUGUGUGCGUCUGUGCAUGUAUGCGUGUCCAAUAUGCUUAAGCUCCCACUAACCAAGUCAAACUGGAAAUAGUUGUUCUGUGAUGACGUCAAUUCAGCCAAUUCAGAUGCAGACAGAAAGUGAAGCGCCACUUCCAGGGGUCCUGAAGGAGACCUGCAGCCCACAUCACUUGAGGCACGUCGACACACACACACACGUCACCAGCCACUGCGUCCCCAGACACUCAUUGUCCACUACAACAAACCCAACAAGCUACUGCUCGCUCACUGCUGUACACAGGCACCCUGCUGCCAGGGCAGCCAGCCAGGCUGCUGAGGCCUGCUGGGAGAUGUAGUCUUCCUCCUUUACCGAUUGAGCUGGAUGAUCAGUAGACUAGACUCUAACAGCUGCUGGUCCCACACUAGUCACACCUGGGCUGUGUGGGGUGUGUGUGUGUGUGUGCGUGCGUGGGUGGGG